CAAACCUUCAAGAUCUGUCUCCGAGUCACCGUUAAACUCACCGUGCAAAACCAUCAUGCGAAGGUCUCCGUUGUGCCGUCCGCCGCCGCGUUAGCCAUCAGAGCGCUAAAAGAGCCGGAGCGUGACCGGAAGAAGGUGAAGAACAUCAAUCACAGCGGUAAUAUCUCGCUUGAUGAUGUUAUUGAGAUUGCAAAGAUUAUGAGAGCUAGAUCUAUGGCGAAGGAGUUGCAGGGGACUGUGAAGGAGAUUUUAGGAACAUGUGUUUCGGUUGGAUGUACUGUUGAUGGAAAGGAUCUGAAGGAUUUGCAGCAGGAGAUUGCUGAUGGAGAUGUUGAGAUUCCUCAGGAUUGAAUGGAGAUUGGUAUGAAGGUUUGUUAGUUUUUUGUUUUAUGUUAUUGUUUGUUUUGGUUUUGGUUUUGAUCUGGAUAUUUAUGAAUCUCUAGGUUUAUCAUAUUGACAGUUUUAUGAAUGAAUUUGGGGAUAAAUUGUCAGA